CUUUUGCUGCGAACAAAGGUUCCCUCCUGCCUACAUCAUCUAUCCGACAUUGCGCGAGCACAGCCUGCUCAUGUCUACCUACGACCUCAGAACGUGUGUGUGCUCGUAAUCCCAAUCAGGACACACAGUAAUCGCGAGAUACAUCCAAACAUGGCUCCCCAUCCCCAAACACAUCUCGCCGCUGCAGGCUCUCGGUCUGGCACAGCGACACCUACAUCGGGCAGCCAAACGAUCACCGCAACUUCCAGCUCGCAGCCGUCUGCUACACUUCGCCUUCGAGGCGCGUCACCCGCAUCUGGGACAGGCCCACGCGUACAAUGGGCUGAAGAUGUCAUUGACAACGAAGGCAUGGGCAAGAAGAGCUCCAAAGUUUGCUGUAUCUACCACAAACCUCACGAACCUGGCGACAGCGACAGUGAUUCCUCCUCCAGCUCGGACGACGAUAGCGACUCCGAACCCGAUUUGAGCAGAGCGAGGAGAGCUGGAGACGGUGGCAAAAGAGGGAGGAAAGGCAAGCACGAUCAUGAUCAUGAAAAGGGAGAAGGGAGUGCGAAAGAUAGGAAGCCGAGCCCGAACGCGUACGAGAGGCAGCCGAAAUACAAAGGAAAGGGAAAGAACAAGAGCGAGGGCUGAGGAUGAGGUUUUCAUUCGGAGGAUAUUCUCUUUAUUCUGGUCAUCUUCUAUGAGAUUAUCCGGACAUCAUUACCAAGGCAAUCGACUUGCUAAGGCAGUCUGUCCACACGGGCGUGGCAUCGUAACGUAUACCCCUCGGAGCUGCCCGAGGGGUUCGUGCAAGACACGAGACUGGUACUUCUACCAGCCUGUAGAUUUUGCAGACCAGGA